AUUGAGGUCUGCUUGAAAACGUGACGAUCACCAUCGUCCUGAACUUAGGGUGACGGAUCGUGUCCACGUUUUUGAACAGAUCAGGUUUUUAUGGGUGACGCUCAGGUUUCUUGUCAGGGAUUGUACGGUGGCCUUAUUGCAAUGCAGCCAUGUAAUUACAGAGAAACGACGCCAUCGCUGUUUCAGUUAAUUAUUCAAAUGUCUUAAGCCUCUGGUUUCUGCAAAGCUGCUCGAUACAUUUACUGCUGUCCUCUGGGCGACAAAGGGCACUUGACAGUUAAUGAUUUUAAAUUCCUCUUAUUAAAACAUUUAGUUUAUACAGUUUAAUGAAUACUGCUAAUGGAGCUGGACUUGUGUGGAAAAUACAUCUAGAAAAGCUGUGAUUUCUGUGCUUUUUGGGUGGAAUUGCAGCUAAAUCUCAGGUAGGCUUGUGUGUUUUGAUGCUAGAUGAUUGUUCACUGAUAAUUAAUGUGGUUAUCUGCAGACUUAACAGACUUUAUUCUUGACUAAUCUGAAAUAUUUGGUCUAUAAAAUGUAAGAAAAUAGUGUAAAUGCUGAUCCCAAUUUCCCAAAGCACAAGUUGACAUAUUCAAAUGUCUUGUUUUGUCCAAGUAACAGUUCAAAACCCCAAAAUAUUUAGAUUAUUUUCAUAAAGGCAAAAGAAAACAUGCAUAUAAUCACAUUUAAGAGGCUGUUGGUGGAGAGUUUUGAAUUAGAAUUAUAUAAAAGCAGUGAUUAUUUCAACCCAGUGACCUACAUUGCUGCACAGAUAACAGUUUGGGAACACAUCCUGUGGUUUUCACAGUGUUGAGUGGUGAAGCCUACACUAUUGAAUUCAUGUUGACCUCAAGAUGCUCUGAUUAAAUUUUCAGCUCAUAGCAAUUACAUUGAACAGGCUUUUGCAUCAUGUAACUACUAAUUAAGACCAGUGUCAUCUUUACCAUUAUGGGUAACAACCUGGUUCCCUCAGCAAUGAGAUUUAGUUAUGAAAAAAAUCUGAUGUGAUGUGAUGCUGAAAUACCAGGAUGUAGAAACUACUUUAAAGCAAAAAAAAAAAAAAUGUUCAUGUUAUAAAAGAUCAGAUGUAAAUCCUUAGUUUAGGAAAGGAUCCAAACCAGACCAGGUUUGUUCCCCAGAUAGGGUAAUGUUUUGUGAUUAUCCGUUAAAGCCCAUAAUCCCUCUCUAAUCAGGAAUUCUCAAUGUCUGCUCACAGACAAUUUACUGGAAUGACAUCACUAUCGCUCCAUUCAAACUGGUUCCCCUGGUCCAUGCGCAUGUAUUUGCUGUGGGGGAGACGCAUAAAGAGGGUAACUAUGCCUUUUAGCAGGAGUGAGCAGACUGCGAAGUAAUCAAAAAGAUGUUCGCCGGUCGCUGCGCAGAGCUCGGUGCGCUGCCUCUGCUGCUGCUGCUGCUGCUCCUGAACGCAGCGUUGGGCUUCAAACUGUGUCCCAACCCCUGCCUGUGCUACGAAUCCUCAGACCUGGUGGACUGCAGGUCUAGCGGGCUGGUCCGGGUCCCUGUUGGUGUCCCCCAUGGCACCUGGCUGCUGGACAUGAGUGGGAACAAGCUGACAGCGGUACACACCAAAUCCUUCAUGGGGCUGUGGUCACUCAAGAUCCUCCAGAUGUCCAACAACAGCAUCAGCACUCUGCAGCCGCAGUCUCUGUCAUCUCUGCAGUUUCUGGAGAGGCUGGACUUGAGUUUUAACCAGCUGCGUUGGAUCCCUCAGGACUUCUCUCAGAGUCUGUUUUCCCUCCUGGAGCUCCGGCUUGACCACAACCUGCUGGAGCACCUGGGCCCCGCUUCACUGGGAGAGUUGGAAAACCUGAGGAAGCUGGACCUGAGUCACAACCGCAUCCGAGCGAUAGAUGUCCAGGGUUUCAGCAGCUUGUCUCGACUGAGCCUCCUCAGCCUGGAAGCAAACAGACUGAAUGUGCUUUCAGACGGCCUGUUGAACAGGCAGCAAAGCCUGGAGGUGCUGCUGCUUAGCCACAACAACAUCUCACUGAUCGAGACCGAAGCUCUGGCUCCUUUGUCCGGACUCACUCUGCUGGGUCUUCAGGGAAACCAGCUAGAUCGCAUCAGGUUCAAGACUUUCCUGCAGCUCCAGACCACCAGCACCGGACUUCAGUUGUCCCUUAACCCCUGGACCUGUGACUGCGAGCUGCAGCGCGUCUUCAGCAAGAUCCAGCAUGUUCGACACCUGCAUGUGGAGGACUACAAAGACAUCGUCUGCCACGCUCCUGCUCAGCAAGCCGGGAACUCCCUGGCCUCACUGGACAGCCAGCUGUGCGUGGCCGAGACGGCGUCAGUGCUCGCCAUAACCAUCACUGUGAUGCUCGCUGUGAUUGGUGCCCUGGUCAAAGCAGAGCACAACCAAAAGAACAAACAAACUGCAAGUGAUGCAGAGUCAGAGAGAUAAGUAAAAUGAUGUGUUUUAUUCAUGGCCAGGUGUUCUGGGACUGAGGUGUGGCCUGGUAUUUGAUGUUGUUAUGUAAUAGCCUGUAGUCAACUACACCACAUCAUGUUUCAUUCUAUAUUUGGACCCCCUAUAAAGCUUUUUUUGUAUUUACUAUCUUCCAUGUCCUGCUACAUUUUGUAUCAAAAAGGAGGGAAAAAGUGGAGAAUACCCCUUAAGAACAUUCACAAUUGUCUACUUAUUUAGUUUUGUAACAAUAUAUCCAGAUUAUAUUGAAUUUACAUGUAUAUUUUAAGCAAUAGCAUGAUGAUUAUCCUCCUCUGUUGCCCCCAAACAUUUAUUCUGAAUAUGUGGAAACAGCUUCACUACAAAACAGGCUGUGUAAACUUAAAGUCAGACCCUGAAUUUUCAUGUCUUCAAUUAUAUGCAUGUUGCAUGUUACAGCAAAACAGAAGUGACUCUCGGGGAUGCGUUCCUGCUUAGAAAGAUGACAUUUGUCUAUAUAAAUGAUUGGUGGAUUAAUUCCUCCAAACAUUUUUGAAAUUCUUUCUCUACAUCUUUAAAAUGUAUCUGAGCUACGUCUGUGUGUCCUCUAACCACGCCCUUCUGGCAUUCGGAGAACACUUUGUUCUCCAUUAUCUGAUCUUUCUUUUAGGUGCUGACCUUAUUAAAGUGUGAGAGCUGAACCUCGCACUGCAUGUUAACCUAUAACAUUUUCAGCACUUGGCUGCAAAAUAGUAACCAGUGACGUAAUUGGUCGCAUCAUAGUUUCCUCAGUACUUAUUUCUGAUGUGGCCACUUUAUUAAUACAACAAUGGUCAAAAACCAAACUUAUGUAGCCAUCCUCAGACAGCAAACAGAAAUAAAUACUUCAACAGUCCUACUAUAAACACAACCUUAGUUACAGUAGGAUUUACCGUGUUCAGUUUUUGUUGAACCUGUUUUAAAGAGGCGUGUUUGGAGGAUGUUUGUGUCGCUGUUGUAUCUUGUGUUUUUGUCCACAUUAGUCAG